UUUAUGAUCCAGAGCUGAAACAAAAUCGCACGAGGUUAAGCAGCGUGGAGUCAAGUGUGGUUUCAAUUUUUUGAUUUAUCGUUUCCGCGAGGAAUAUUAUUGCAGAAUGAUCAUUCCAGUGCGUUGUUUUACCUGCGGUAAAGUGAUUGGCAACAAAUGGGAAGCUUAUCUUGGCUUACUGCAAGCAGAAUAUACGGAAGGUGAUGCCUUGGAUGCCCUCGGCCUGAAGAGAUACUGUUGCCGUCGCAUGCUGCUUGGACACGUCGAUCUUAUUGAAAAAUUAUUGAAUUAUGCUCCGUUGGAAAAGUAACACACAGGAAAUAUUUGGGACAAUGAUUAUUACAAAAGACAGUAUAACUUUGUACAAGAAUUCGGUUCACCUCUUGUCCAUCGAGAAAGGUGGAAAGUAUUCCAUUGAACAAAAUGAUCACGAAUGCCAGAAUCGAAUUCAUUGCAAAUAAAAAACAUGCGAGGUUAUUCAAAACAGGUCCUUUUUUUUUGUUUUAUUGAAAAAAAAAUUGCUCAGCUUACAUAUACUUUGAAUCGGUUACAAUUAGUUGUACCGGUCGUUUCUUCGAGUAUCAACUAUUCAAAUAUCGUAAAACAUUCUUAGUUGUAACAUCUUCAUACAUAUAGUUUUCUAUUUAAAGAAGAAAUAGAUCUUCAUUCAAUUUUGUAAUCCGGAUUUGUUAGAAGACUAAACAGUUGUUUCAUAUAAGUUAUAAAUAAUUAUCAAACUAUGAUGCAGAAAUAACAGUAAUAGACUUCUAACGUAUAGGGAUUAUUUUAGAAAUAAAGACACACCAAAAAUAUGACUUGGUAUUGAAUCAAUUCAAAUCUUUAUAAUUUAUAAAAAUUCCAUGUAUUGCUAACGCGAGAAAUUUAUUUAUUGGUUUUUUCUACUUUCUUCUUUUUUUAAAAAAUAACAAACGCUUCAAUAAUCUUAUUAUACUUUCUAAUCCAUAAAGGUAUUUUCACAUUUUCUCCCCCCCCUACCUCCUCGGUAAAAUAUCAAGACGAUUUUGACCUUAAUUCAUUCAGAAACAACUAGAAACUAAACAAAGCACAAUUGCUUGUUUAUUAUCUAACAAUAUUGCAAUUUUUAUACUAAAUCACCGUUCGCGUUCUGCGAACUCGAUUGUAGAAGAUCGUAUCUUGAUAAUUUAAAAAAUAACUGCUUGAAUGAAGUUCGUACAAAAACUCUUGAGUCUUAGGAUUGUCUCUUCUAUUUUCCUUGCACAACCUCGCAUUAGUACCGACAAUAUUAUUCAUCUAAUUGUCAAUGAUUUAUCUUCUAUUUAAUUUUUAUCCCCUGUUUUUCGCCUAAUGAUAAUAAUUUAUUUACUCAACUUCCUAAUACAAAAAUAGAUGAAAUCUCUAAUCUAAUGAUUCAUUUAGAAUUAUUCGCAUAACAGAUCGUGUAUGAUCGAACAGUCCUAGUACCUA